CUUUGUUUAUUCGUCAGGUUUUGGUCAAAUCCAAACCAGCAAGCACGUUUUAGGUAGAGAAAUUGCGUGUAGAGUCUGGGAAGCCUACAGACAGUUGAUAGGGAGCGACAAACCAGGGUCCUAGCUGCCUGCUCCAAGGGAGUGCCUGGGUUAGUAGGCAGAACCUCUCUGCCUCCUGAAUUCUUUCUGAUCCCUUAGACCUGAACAGAAAGUCUCCCAGCAGGUCAUGGGCCCACCAUCUUUGGCUUACAGCUGCUAUGCUGUGGAAGGGAGGCGGUGCGGACGGCGGCUGAGCGACUGCGACCUAGCAUUGCCAAGCUUCCAUUAUGCCCUAUGCACCAUCCUCCCCAACUGGCAGGCAAGCCCAUCAGUUGCCACCUUGUGCUAAUUGCUCUUGUAGUUCACACAGCCUGGUUUAGUCAUCUGUUUCCAUAAGAGCCCUGCAAGUGCAGUCAGGAUUUAAAGAAGUAGUGGGUGAAGAGCAGAGAACAACCUGGGCUACGUGUGUAAAUUACAGAUGUGUGUCCACCGGUCAAUCGGUGAAUAAAUAAAGUGAAUAAUCCCCCCCCCCAGUUGCUAUUUAUGGUUUCCCUGUUCAUGGUCUCUGGAGCCUGAGUGGUUUGUCUUCAUCAGCUUCUUCUUGCAGGUCAUAGUCUGUCACCACCCAACACAAUAGCCCCUGUUUGCCUCCCACCUUGUAGGGAGCACCAGCCCACAGGUGUGAAUGGCUGGCGCUAUCCAUUUCAGGACUGCUGCACAAGCUGAUCUGACCACUGAGCUUCCUCCCCCAUGUCUCUUAUGCUUAUCCCUUAAAGGAACCAUUGCCACUGUCCCCAUUCAGCCACUGAAGCUGCAGUAGCUUGCGGAGACCAGGGCUCUAUGCCCAGGUUUUCCCCCCGGAUUGUGUAGCUCAUCCCUGCUACCUUCCAAGAGGCCACUGCUCUUCCAUCAAGGUAGGGCAUACCUCCUAACCUGCCCUACUAGAGUCAAGUCACUUAGAGGUGACGAAGGUACAGGGACAUAAGGCCCAGGUUGAAAGUUAUCUGUGGAGUGUAUCUGGAAGUUUUUAUUUCCACCCGCCCAGUUCUUGGAGCUAUUCAACUGUAGCUUUAGCCAGACCCAGCUCUCUAAACCUCUGCCUCAGGGAUUACAAGGGCCCCUCUCCAAACACUUCUUAGGGUAGGGGAUUGGUGGGCAGGGUUGGAGUGGGGAGUGUGCCUUGGGUGUAACACUGACUGUAACCACAAGGGGGCUCUCCUGAUAGCUUAUCAGUGUUAGAAGGACAGGUUCUUGGACUGGGCACCAUGAUGAUGAAGGCAUUUGAGGACUUGGAGUUGGCAGUCUACUGACUCCACAGUGCAAAAUGUCCCCUCGGUCUUCAAAAAGCCAAGCUGGUUCCUUAUAUAUAAAUACGGGGUAGCAGCACACCCAGCACACCGGUAGAAGUGGAAUAUCUGGAUUAAGGCUGCCCUAUAUCACAACUUCUGUUUGCAGAGGAAAGUAUCACCAAGACAGAAAUGAUAACACCCGCAACUUCUGCAGGUACAAUUUGACACUGGGCUGAGGGUACCCCACAAUCUACAUCAUUCGGACAAAAGGGACCCAAGCCUACAGGGCAGUCCAAUUGAGUUGAGAAUAGCUUAGUACAUAGUAUGGUGGACAGGCCUCUGGACACCUGACAGUAGCAAUCACCUUAACUCUGUGGUCUCUUCACACUUUUUAACCCGGCUGGCUGCACACACUCCAUAUACAGCCAAGCAUGACUGGGAACUGUUGAUCCUUUCGUCUCCACCCCCCAAGUGCCAGUCUUCCUCCCUCUAAUCCUUGCCUCUGAAUGAUGGUGUGAGCCUUGGAGUUCCUGCAGGGUCUGAAAUGAGGGCUCCAGGAGUGAUUCCAUGUACUGCCAGCUAAGGGGACGCAUAGAGACUUGAGGGAUCACUGCUAAAGGAAGCCAUGCUUCGGUGUUCAAGCCGCACCUGCAGCCUGCUCUCCUCUUAGCUGUGCCUCUCACCUGUGGAAGAAGGGCUGGACCACUUGCCUUAUAUUUGGGGAGACUGAAUCCAGACAGCACUCCUCAGAAAUGACACUACAGCCACACUAUCAGAGCAGGAGACAGAGUGUCUCUCUCCUGAAUAUUCAUUCCCCCAGCCUUAAAAGUUCCUCUCUCUCAGAAUCUGUUUCUGCCUCCCAACGAUAGAUAACAGGACACCUCUGUCCACACCUUGUGUUGGUCCUGGUAUUGGACACCUCAACUUUUGAAUAGUCUUGUUGCGCUAGUCUAAAAUGUCCCUGCAGCCCUGAAGCCCUUGCAUUGGCGCCUAAGACAGAACUGCGUUCAUCAGUGUUAUCUUCACUCCACACACACCUCGACAACAACCAAAAGCCGAUCCUAAAACUUGGCCAGUGUAACUGACAAGCUUCUUUUUAUGCCUAACUUCUAUCUAAAUGGCCACACCUGUACGGACUAUAUACUUGACAGGGGUGCAUUUUCCCCAAGUUACUUUGCACCCCAUGGCUACUGCCCAGGCUAACUGGAGGACUCAAGGGGGAAUCGCGUCAGGAAAACCACAAGAAUCGUUCCCGGAGUCUGAGGACGGACUGGAAGAGGUGUCACCUGCGUCCCUGGGAAAGCGACGGUCCCGCCUCCAAGACAAUCCCGCAAGUCCUAGCUGCCAGCGCGCAGCCUGAAGACGCACAGCCUUCCAGGGCGUCCUGCCUCGCGUUCUGCUCCGCCGAUCUCGCCGUCUCGGUGCACAGGCCCGGGGCCGUACACAGCGCCCCCGGUGGCUGCCGAGCCCAGCCUGAGCGGGGCGGCGCACCGCGCGGGGACGGGCCGGGCGGCUCCCGGCGCGACUUCCUGUUGUGCCCGCGCCCCGCCGCCACCGCCGCCGCCACCACCACCGCCACCGCCACCACCACCGCCACCGCCUCCCGAGCCCCUCGCCCACUGUCCGCGGCCUGCAGCGGCCGCCGCCCAUGGAUUUCACCUAGCGUCGGUGGUCAUGGCGGCGCAGUGCUGCUGCCGCAAGGCGCCCGGCGCCGAAGCCGCGCCCGCCCGCCCGCCGCCGGAGCCGCCGCCCGCCCUGGACGUGGCCUCGGCCUCCAGCGCGCAGCUCUUCCGCCUCCGCCACCUGCAGCUGGGCCUGGAGCUACGGCCCGAGGCGCGUGAGCUGGCCGGCUGCCUGGUGCUGGAACUGUGCGCGCUGCGGCCCGCGCCCCGCGCGCUCGUGCUCGACGCGCACCCGGCCUUGCGCCUACACUCGGUUUCGUUCCGCCGCGCCUCCGCCACCUCCGAGUCGCCCUGCACCUUCGCCUUCCCUGCCCCGGGGUCAGGGCCCCCGCUGCCCGCUUUCGCCGAUGCGCCUGGAGCGGAGUCUGCCGGCUGCCCGCUGGCCUUCAGGCUGGACCCGUUCACCGACUAUGGCUCCUCUCUGACCAUCACACUGCCUCCCGAGGUGCAGGCGCACCAGCCCUUCCAGGUCAUCCUACGCUACACCUCGACCGACGCCCCCGCCAUCUGGUGGCUGGACCCAGAGCUGACCUACGGCAACGCCAAACCUUUCGUCUUCACCCAGGGCCACUCUGUGUGCAACCGCUCCUUCUUCCCAUGCUUCGACACGCCGGCAGUCAAGUGCACCUACUCAGCUGUCGUCAAGGCCCCGUCAGGGGUACAGGUGCUGAUGAGUGCCACUCAGAGCGCGUACGUGGAAGAGGAAGGCCUCUACCACUUCCACAUGGAGCACCCAGUACCCGCCUACCUCGUAGCCCUUGUGGCCGGAGACCUCAAGCCAGCAGACAUUGGGCCCAGGAGCCGUGUGUGGGCUGAGCCAUGCCUCCUACCCACAGCCACCAGCAAGUUAUCAGGUGCUGUGGAACAGUGGCUGAGUGCAGCAGAGCGAUUAUACGGGCCAUACAUGUGGGGCAGAUAUGACAUCGUGUUCCUGCCGCCCUCCUUCCCCAUCGUGGCCAUGGAGAACCCCUGCCUCACCUUCAUCAUCUCCUCCAUCCUUGAGAGCGAUGAGUUCCUGGUGAUUGACGUCAUCCACGAGGUAGCCCACAGCUGGUUUGGCAAUGCUGUCACCAACGCCACUUGGGAGGAGAUGUGGCUGAGUGAGGGCCUGGCCACCUAUGCACAGCGCCGCAUCACCACGGAGACCUACGGAGUGAAUCCCAGUCACCUGAUGAACCUGUUCACCUAUGAGAAGGGCUACUGUUUCGUCUACUACCUGUCCCAGCUCUGUGGAGAUCCCCAGCGCUUUGACGACUUUCUCAGAGCCUAUGUGGAGAAAUACAAAUUCACCAGUGUGGUGGCCCAGGACCUGCUGGACUCCUUCUUGAGCUUCUUCCCUGAACUGAAGGAGCAGAGCGUGGACUGCCGGGCAGGGCUGGAGUUCGAACGCUGGCUCAAUGCCACAGGCCCACCGCUGGCUGAGCCAGACCUGUCUCAGGGGUCCAGCCUAACCCGGCCUGUGGAAGCCCUUUUCCAGCUGUGGACCGCAGAGCCCCUGGAGCAGGCAGCAGCUUCAGCCAGUGCCAUUGACAUCUCCAAGUGGAGGACCUUCCAGACAGCACUCUUCCUGGACCGGCUGCUUGAUGGAUCCCCGUUGCCCCAGGAGGUGGUGAUGAGUCUAUCCAAAUGCUACUCAUCCCUGCUGGACUCCAUGAACACUGAGAUCCGCAUCCGCUGGCUGCAGAUUGUCGUCCGCAAUGACUACUAUCCUGAUCUUCACAGGGUCCGCCGCUUUCUGGAGAACCAGAUGUCGCGCAUGUACACCAUCCCAUUGUACGAGGAUCUCUGCACUGGCGCCCUCAAGUCCUUCGCACUAGAGGUCUUCUACCAGACACAGGGCCGGCUGCAUCCCAACUUGCGCAGAACCAUCCAGCAGAUCCUAUCCCAGGGGCUAGGCCCCAGUGCCGAGCCCAGUGCAGAGCCCAGUGCGGAGCCCAGCGCAGAACUGGGCGGUGCUGAGGCAGACACGAACCCAGACUCGCCAGCCCUGCUGCUCGGGGACGAGGCCCCCAGCAGCACCAUCUCUCUCAGGGACGUCAAUGUGUCUGCCUAACCUUGAUGGUGACUGACCCUCGACCUCCCAGACACCACGAUUGUGCCUUUAGUGGUCCGGGCCGCCUUGACUGCGCCUUGGCUCUGGCCACGAGCUCUGCCCGGGACCAUAAACCCCUCCCAUUGGCUCCAGGCCUGGGGUAUGGGGGAAAAGGAUCUUGUGUCCAUCGAUGCCCGUGGACCAGGGCUCUCCUUGUCCCUGCUCUCUUGCACUGCAGGCCCCAGGGAUGGCCUAUGCGCACUAUGCCUCCUGUUUCAACACUGACAGCCAUGCCUCACCCUGGAAGCCAGCAUCUGCUGACACUGCCCUGGGGACAGUGACCCCAGCAGUCCCACAGCAACAACCACAAUGUGCCUUACAUGUGCCAGAGACCCAGGAUGCACGGUCCUAGAAAUGUGCUUUCCUGCAGAGCCCUAGGUCUGGUCCCCAGGCUGGAAAGUCUUGCUUGAGGGCCAGAAGACAGAGGGGCAAGGACACAGGUAUUCUGUCAGUGUGGGGGUAGGAGACAGAAGGAGAGGCUAGACUUCUCAAACAGGCCUCUGUCUCUGCACUAGGAGUCCAGGCCCCAGAGGUACAGGGAGGGAUGGCCUGGCCUUGUGGCUACUGGGGUACCCUUGGUGCUCUCUGUGCCUGCCUGCUGGGAGAGAUACCAGACUGUGAGCUUCAGCCUGGGACCACUGCAACAGGAACCAUGGUGACUGUCCCAUUAAAUCUCCACUCUGCA